AUGCGGGUUCAAUGCCUGCCAACAACCGUUAUUAUUAUUAUUUUUCUCUUGCUAGCCGGUAUAUCAUAUCCGAAACGCAGAAUACAUCCAACAAUGGUAGUUGUGGGUGUUAAUGCUGCGCCAGCAAUCAGGUCAGAAUCAAUGGUAUCCAACGAUUUAGACAAUUUACGCAGGUCAAUAGCAGUAUUACGCCAUGCGGUCGGUAAUUCAAUUGCCGGUUCAGUGCUCCGUUUACCUUCAUCUCAG